CCUUCAUAAUUUCGCUCCGGACGAAAGACCGGCGGCCGGGAGCUGGUCCUCACGAGGUUGAAAGAUAAAACUUCAGAGAACCAAUCAUGGCUUCCCUCUUCAUCUCCAACCCUAAUCUCUCCUCUCCCUUUGUCCCCCAAACCCUUAAACGCCUACAGAAGAAUGACGCGACGGCGGCUUUGUCUUACAAUCCGCUUCCCAGGAGCUCUAGAAGCCUUACCGUCGUCAAGUGUUCCGUGGAUGCCCCUUAUGAAGGAAAUGUGCCGAAGUUCCCUCGGAUGACUGUUUGGGAUCCUUAUAAGCGUCUGGGAGUCAGCCCUUAUGCUGACGAGGAGGAAGUUUGGGGUGCUCGGAAUUUUCUCUUGGAACAGUAUUCAGGACAUGAGGGAAGUGAAGAAUCUAUAGAAGCUGCUUUUGAGAGACUUCUGAUGACCAGCUUCAAGCAACGUAGGAAGACUAAGAUUAAUUUGAAAACCAGACUAAAGAAGCAAGUGGAUGAAUCACCAGCUUGGGUGAAGAACUUGCUCAGCUUUGUGGAGCUGCCUCCAAUGGAUAUCAUCUUCAGAAGAUUGUUCCUUUUUGCAUUUAUGGGUGGAUGGAGUAUCAUGAAUUCUGCUGAAGGAGGACCUGCUUUUCAGGUGGCUGUCUCUUUGGCAGCGUGCAUAUAUUUCCUCAAUGAGAAGACAAAGAGCCUAGGCAGAGCUUUUGUUAUCGGUCUAGGAGCUCUUGCAACUGGGUGGGUAUGCGGCUCCAUACUCGUUCCCAUCAUUCCAACAGUUGUAUUACACCAUACGUGGACACUGGAACUCAUGACGUCGCUGGUAGCUUACUGUUUCUUGUUCCUCGGUUGCACUUUCCUCAAAUGAAGUAAACACUAGCUAGUAUACCAGUGUAUGAACUUGGGUUACAUAUUUCAUCCAUAACAAUGAUCCAUGCAAGUCGAUACCUGUGUUGCAUUGAUUCUUAGCUUCUUUUUCUAUGAAUUUCUUAUACAAAUUCCCCACCUGCAAAUGCAAUAUAGUAUUUUCACUUGCUGUAAAAGUGAGAGAUCAAUCACAAUUCCACCAUGUCAUGUUCCUGUUACUGAACCAACUCUGCCGUACUGAUUAGUUAAUUACAAAGCUGCUGUCGAUGCAUAUUAGUUUGUCUAACCUGACGUGCUGCUCAAUGGCAAAAGUAUAGCACUAAUUAAUACCGAACCUUUUC